AUGCCGCCCCAGGCCAUCAUGUACCGCCUUUGGAAUAUCCGGCGUACUCAGCCUGCCCGGGCCCCCCGGAAGUGGGUCCCCAUUCUGGGGGAGCUGCAGAAGACCCUCCAGACGGGCGAGUACCUGCCCCUCCGCCCGCUGCCCAUGUUCGAGAGUAACUUUGUUCAGGUGACAAAUUGUGGGAGCCCUGUGUUUGUGCAUCAUAGAACCAACAGGCUGACCAUGGGCGUGGCAGCCUCUCUGCCUGGCCUGGUGCUGCCAGACAUCUUGCUGAUUGCUCAGCCCCCUGAGGACAGGGACUGCUCCGGCCUCAUGCUGACCAGGAUGAUCCCACUAGACCUUGUCCACCUCUACGUCCACGACCUAUAUGCCUGGCGCCUGAAGCUGUGCCUGGUCACUGGCCGCUAUUACUACCUGGAGCUAGACGCCCCUGACAAUGAGGUGGGCUUCCUGUUUGACCGCUGGAUCUGUCUUAUCAACCUGCUUCGGGAGCCUACCAGCAACUGGGCCCCCAGGACCCUGCACACACCCCCCCUGGAUGUGUCCCUGGCCACAGCACCUGCCUCCACCUGGCACCUCCAGGACCAGAGCCACAGAGGACUUACAGCCGAGGUUUCUGAAUCCACCUUUUCUUAUAAAAUACUGAUGCAAAGGAAGGCCAAGGUCCCCAACUGCAAUUUCAAGUCUCAGGCUGUGGGUGACUCCAUGCCUCUUGUUUGGUCCCAGAUGGAACAAUCUGACGUUAGGAAAAGAGGCACAGGAAAAAAGUCUCACCCAGAUGCCGGGUAUGAUAGGUCUAACGCUGAGAUACACGUUUCUGACAAAGCCAGCAUCACUAUCCGCACCAUCUUCAGCAUAAUUUCCAGAACUAUCAACCAGGGACAGUCCUCUUCAAAGGCCAGCCAUGUGUCAGGGACCAGGGCUUGGACCCCUGGGUCUGAGGGAGGAGGGUUGGGGCCUGGGUUCCUGGAUCUGAGGGAGGAGGCCUGGGGUCUGGACUCUUGGGUCUACUCAGCAGAUUCUGAGGAAGACACCGGCCGGGGAGGUUUGAUCGAGACCCCUUUACGCUGUAUCUCGGCCUGCAGACCUGAUCUCACCUUUCUGGGCCCCUGUGGUCAGCUAGACAUGGUCCUCUGGCAACAAGAUCUUCAAGACCUCAUGGACCCUGAAUCCAGCACUUUGUCCUCAUCCUCCUUGAGCCUAACUCCCUAUCCUCCUGCCUUCUACCUCUCUUCACCCAUCUCCCACCUAAGGUCUGGUCACAAGGCCAGGUCUAUGAGCUUUCGGCACUGCCAGAGACCACCACCCUCCUGGAAGGCCCCAACUGCCCCAGUGGCCUCAUGGAAAGCACCAGUCAUCAUGGACCAGUCCCAUAAGGUGUUGGCUGUACCUGCUCUAUCACGGAAGGCCCCACCUCUUUGCUCUCCAUCCCGGAAGAUCACAGUUGUACCUCGGUCAUCCCCAAAGGCCUCUGCCAUACUCGCUAUUUCCCAGAGGGCUUCAGCCAUACCUGGCCUUUCCCGGAAGGCCCCACCUGGAUUGGUUGUUCCUCAGAAGACCCCAGCUGUACCUAACUCCUCCUGGAAAGCUACAGCUAUACCUGCCCCACUGCAGAAGACUCUGUCCUUAACACAGAAGGUCACACGUGCACCUGCUAUUCCCCAGAAAGCCACGUCCCGCCCUGUCCUAAAGAAGCUACCUCUGGUCCUUCCCACCCCAUCCUGGAAGACUCCAUCCUCACCUUCCCAACACAAGAAGGUGUUAGGCUCACCCACCUCACAGCAGAAGGGCCCUAGCGGUCUUCAUGUGUUGGCAGCAACAAUUCCUGGAGGGGAGGUUCUGGAGCAAAGCAAGCCUGACCGGAAACCCGAGCCUGUGGUGUUUGUGGGCACCCAGGAGACAAAAGUAGUAGAGACAAGGACCCAGACGAAAUCUCUGGAGCAACCCUUCACUACAACCAAGAAGGAGUCUAAGGAGUUUGUGAUUCGCAAAACCCAGGUGGUGAACCUGGAGGGCCUCAAGGGCAAGAGGAAGUCAGAGGGCAGGACCCACAGGAUGAAGGAGAAGACAUCCUUGGACACGCCCAACAUGAGAUCCAAGAAGGUGGAACAGCAGAAAAGGUGGGUCAAGACCCAGGAACUGGCCAUCGAGGUCCCUUCCAAGGAGUACAGCAGACCCUUUUCUGUGGAAGGGCUCACCCUGGCCAAGUUGAUGAUCAUGGCCAAUUCGAAAGAGCCAGCUGACGUCUCACUACCCUCCUGGCUCUCAAUGACUUCUCAUGAAUCCGCUAUGUCUCCUAUGAUGGCCUUCACCCCCAGCCAGCUGUCCUUGCUGGAGAGGCCACCAGUGGUAGUAAGAGAGCAGCCAGAGUCUCAGAUCUCGGUGAAGGAGAACACACAGCAAUGGACAGACAGGGAACUACCCUGGGACCCAGAGGGGCCUUCUAAGGUUCCUCUCUACUCUGUGCCUACCUCUGGCAGCAGGGAAAAUGCCAAUAAACCCCAUGUUCCCAUCCCCCUGCCUGCCUCUGGAUGGGAGAACCUGUCACAACCUCCUCUCCCAGCAUCCCCCAUCUCCAGAAGGGAGGCCACAGCCAGAGUGCCACCGCAGCCUUUGAGGAAGCCUCAAGGACCCAUGAGGAUCCUGAAGCAGCAUCCUGUGGCCACAACGGGGUCAUCCUCAAACAUUCUCCUACCCAUGCUCUUAGAAAUUAAGAGUAUAAGGGACAUGGCCUCCAAGGCGGAGAUGGAAAACAAGGAAUUGGGCAACUUUCCUCCUUCAGCCAGGUAUACAGGGUUAGCAGAUAACAUUUAA